AUGAUGGGGGUGCAAAUCAAGCUUUGUGGAGAUGCGAAGAUUAAUGGUUAUACAGUUAUCUUUGUUCAUCAAGAAAACUCUAUUUGUAUCACAGCCAUUAAAAACGGCUUGUGGCAUGCAGUAGUUGAUUGUGUGAAACUUGAUGAGUUUUGUGACCUCGUCAAGCAAACGCGUAACCAAUAUACACAGAAUCUCUCAGAGUCUUUUAGUUCUUCCGACCCAUCUAGCUACUUUAAUUUAAGAGAAGAAGGGGCGAAUUUAAAUUUCAUGUGGUCCAAAGAAAUUAAGAAAGGCAUUAAAAUCAUCUUCGGAUCUUUUUACUUACAACCUUCAUAUAAUCCAUUAGAAUCACUUUGCGAACUAACGAGUCUAAUCACCAAUAGUCUCAAAGAAUCGAUUUUAUGCUGCAGUAAUUUCGAGAGAGAAAACGAGAAGCUAAAGUCUUUGGCUGAUAUGUCCGUAAAGAAAUAUGAAGAAGUGGUUUCUCAGAUAGAUGACAAGGAAAUUGUUCUGCUCUCGAAGUUUUCAGCUGUUCUGAAUGAAAAGAAAAGAAAGUUAGAAAGCUAUAAAUGUCCAACUUAUGCUCUAAGUGAAGUUGACAAAACAUCAGAUAAAUCGUCAUUGCAAGAGGAUUUGGAUGAUUUAAUACCUUCCAAGAACUGCAGAAAAUCAAAACCUGUCAUUGGUCGUCGUAACUGAUUGCUAAAGUAAGAUUACCAUUUACAAGCGCUACGUUCACUGGUUCAUGACUCUCAAGAUCAAGCAGCACUAUUACAGUGUUUCAGUAAUUGUGAGUGUAGUAGUAUUGAGGUUCACUUUGAAGAACUUCAAUGUAUCCUCUGCAAUUUCCUCUCAGUCAAUAGGUUGUAUUUACUUAUUAACUGCCGCGCGAAGUUCUAGAUGUAUAUUUUUACAUCAUAAUAUAUCAUUCAACACCAAGAAACUUGUUUCAUGUGUUCGCUUUCCAGCUGUAACACACUUCUGGUGUUAUGCUCUAAGAAAAAAUGGUUCGUAUUGGCAAGUUAAUUAAAAAAAGCUAAUAGAACAUGUUAUCUUUGCCAGGGUUUUCAUUCAACUCCUUCACUUCGAGAUAUGUAUGAUAACUCUUGUCAUGAUAGCUCAGAUAUAUCUUUGGGAGCCAAAGUUGUCUUUAAUUGACUUCCGUUUAUCUCAUUUGUCUUUUUCGAUAAUGCAAUGAGAAGACGAAGUUUAUCAGAAGACUGUCGCUCAUUCUGGAGCACAUGCUUAGAUUCAGAUCAUGCUCUAGUACGAGUGCGUAUCUGUCUGCCGCUUACUGGACGUAGGAAAGACGCUGUAAGUAAACCUCUUAGGGCCCUACUUAAUGAUAGUCAAGUUAAGAGUAUAUUUCAGGAACAACUAGGAAAAUAGUUAGGCAGCCAUGUAUGUGAUGCCCACCCCGAGGCAGCAUGGAAGGACAUCCGAAAAGCUGUGGAAACAGCAGUGAUAUCUGCUAGUACGGUAACCCGUAAGGUUAAGGAGCAACACUGGAUCUCAGCAGCAUCUAUCGCACUGAUAGAUGCUCGGAAACUCAUUUCACCUGGCUCUGAACAUAAUGAAGAGCGGAGUCAGCUCAAGCGCAAGCUGACAAGAAGUCUACGCAAUGAUCGUGAACAGUGGUGGGUAGCGACAAUAGGUAAUAGCAGACAAUUGU